AUGGCUUUUUUCGACGACUCUUCGAGUUUUUUCUCCUCCUCGUUCGGAGGUGGCUUCGGCGGGCCGGUCGCAGGCGACUCCGAGGCUCACCGGCGAGCGAGCGGCGGCAGCGGCUUCGGCUCGCAGCCUUUCGAAGACUUCACUUCGCCAUCGCUCUUCCCUUCACAGCAGCAGGCGGAGAGCAAGAAUCGCGCGAGCGCCGCUACCGCGGGCUUCCAGGGCACGUCUGCCUCUGGCGCGGAGGGGCUGGUCUAUGUGACGGUUGGCAUGCUGCAGCGCGCCGCGAGGGACAUGCAGGAGGGCGCGGCUGCGCAGGGCGAAGGGCACUUGCCCAGCGACGGCGAGAAGAAGGAGGACGGCUCCAAGCACGCCUUCCGCCUUCACGGGAACGACGUGGGCCUCGUGGGGCUGCGCGGCUGGGUCGCGCCGCCGGGCUGCGAGAAGCUCGCGUCUCUCGUGCGCUUCAAACUCGCCGACGGGACGGGUGAAAUCGAAGUCGAGUACGACGUCGUCGACGGCAAACCCUGGUGGGAAGUCCACGAGGAGGAGGCUGCAGGCGUGGUAAUCCCCGAGCUCGAGGCUGCGGGCGCUGCUGCCAGCGGAGGCGACGCGGAGCGGACGGAGGAAGCGAAAAAAAUUCAAGUCUUGAGUGGGAAGAAGCGCUUCCUGCAGGUCGGCUCCCUCGUCCGCAUCGCCGCGGGUGUCUCCACAGACUUGAAUGGCGAGGUGUCUCUCUCGGCGUCCUCCUGCGCGCCAAUCAAAGACGCUUCAGAAUUCGUGUUCCUGCACCCGGCCGCAGUCGCGCAUGCAGCCGCGACGUUCGCCGCGAGGCGAGGCACGCUGCGCGCAGAGGAGGAUGUGGGCAGAGCUGAUGCCAAGCAAGGCGACCUCGCGGGUGUCAAGAAGGCUAAGACCGGAGACGGCGAGGCAGUCAAGGGCGAACCGAACGCAGACGGCGAAGAUGGCGCGUCUUCUUUGGCUUCCUCAUCUUUGUUGCCAGAAGAAGAACAGAAGCUUCUGCAGGACUACGACCACGUUGAGGACGCUCUCCAGCGAGACGUGGUCCUCAUUCUCCUCACUCUCGGAGGUGGCGCCAAGCGAGCGCCGAAGGAUAAAGUGAAGGCCGAGGCGCGCAGACGAAGGCCUUCCCGCACAGAGGAAGAAGUUGACGCUGCGCUGAAGGGACUCGAGGAGGCGGCAGAAAUCGUGGAGCACGCCGGCUAUGUGGCGCUCGCCUGCUAG